AUGUUAAAAAGAAAAGGAGAUAACAAUGAAGACCUACCUGAUAGAGAUGAGGAUAGUGAAGAAUUAGAUGCUACAGAUUCAAUGGUUAAACAUUAUAAAGUUUCUGUUGCUGGCGGUAAAACUUUACUAACUCCUUUAAUUCAAAAAAUGGGAUUACAUUUUUUUCUGGUUAGAAUUUGUGAUAAAGAUUUGGCAAGAAAAACACAGAAUGAUAUAACUCCUGAAGAAAUACAGAAAAAUUAG